AUGGCCAUCUGUCACGUCACUUAUAUUGACAUGGACAGGUCAAGCUCGGUUUGUCAAAACACUAUAAAGCAAACAGUCUCAGUCUGGAUCGACGGCGAUGUCGUUGCUCGAGAUGCUCGAGACAAGUUACGAGCUUCCGACGAAGCCCGAUCCAAGAAGAUUGCACUCGGGACAGAUGGUGCAUCUUCAAGUUUGGGCACUCCGCUAACCCGUCCAAGUCCAUCAUCGCCUCAGGGCGAUGGCUUGUACAUGAGUAAUCUCAUCGGACCUCAAGACCAAGCCGCGGAUAGCAGUAACACAGUCUACAAUAGUGACAAUCAUGAGGCAGAUGGCAAUGCAACACUGCCACAUUCACGACCUACUCUUGGUAAACUACAGAUUCCAUCGUCAAGGUUCAUUGCGCAGCCAACAAUAUCUGGUGAGAACGCAAGCGGAAUGGUGUCGCCGUUGAUGUUUGUCGACUCGGACAUCUCUUCCAGUUCAUCAUCCUCCGACCAGCCAACGUCUGCAACAAGCACUGCAGCGACCAUCUCAUCAUCUAAUCACAGGUCGCAGACCAACAGUCCUAGCAAAAGAGAACGCAGUCCGAGCUUCGGGGAUUCUUUUUCACCACUCAAGAAGAUGCGCUCUAUGGCUCUUCCUGAGAUCAGAACCGUCCUGUCUCAUGGAACACGACUAUCUCCGUCGAUGAGGGCCGGCAUCGCCGGUGACAACAGGCAAGUGAUAAGAGAAGCGACAUUUACCGAAAGAGCGCCAGCAGGUGUGCUUCCAACCUCCCUUAACCAGCAUAUACCUGAACUUUCCUCAUUUCGUCCCAGUAUCGCCUCACCAGAAGGCCUUGAGCCAGUCCUAGCGCAGAUUUCUCGCCCUAAGUCUCCCAUGCCAUAUUCAGAGCGCCGAUCGCCAUCCGAGACUCCUGAACCGCCGGAGACACCAAGCUAUGCUCGGCCGCUGCACUUGUUAGAUACAAGCGUCGUUGUGGGCGGAAAGAGACAAGGUGAUGAGUGGUUACAAGACAUUUCCAUCUUCAAAAACAUCCAUGGCGAGGAGUGGAAGAGGAACGCGCUAUGCAGUCAUUGUUUCCGGAGCAGGGGCACAUUCAAUAGAAUCAUGACGUACGGCUAUGAGGCGUGCGGAAGAGAUGACCCCUUGGAUAGCCAUUAUUGGGAGCCCACAGCCAAUCCGAAUUACUAG